AUGUAUCUGCUCUACACUAUUUUAGCCUCCUUGGUUUCUUUUUUUAUUUUGAAAUGGUUGAAAAAGAGGAGAUUUUGCACCGAUCUGAAAAGACUGGAUGGCAAAACAGUUCUUAUUACGGGUAAAUGAGCAUGUAAACAUUAAUGCUUCACAUACUAACCUUUAGUUGCUAAGUAUAAAGCUGGAUUUUGUUGCAUAUAUGUGGCUCAGUGUCUUUUAACUGCCAAUCAGAGUGAUAUUAGUUUAUUAUUAAUUAUAGCCUCAGUCUAAUGUUUACAUAAGGACUGACACUCAUACCCUCUCCAUGUUUUUUGUUUCUUUGUAGGUGGGAAUUCUGGCAUUGGCAAGGAGACAGCUGUUGCCUUGGCGAUGAGAGGUGCCCGAGUCAUCAUUGCUUGCAGAGACAUGGACAAGGCAGAGAAGGCAGUGAGGGAGAUCAAGUUUAAGAGUCACAGCCUGAACGUCCUUCACAUGGAGCUGGAUCUUGCCAACCUGCGCUCUGUCAGGGAAUUCUGUAAGAGCUUCCUCCAGAGAGAGAAGAGGCUGGACAUCCUGGUCAACAACGCAGGUGAGGGCGUCAAUCACACAGGGGUCUCUUCAUGCCUGCAACUGGAAUCAUUGCAGAGUAAAAGGAAGAAGCUGGAAUCCUUCAUAUGGUGGGGCCUGUGGGUUUUGGCCCCUUAUUUUUAUUUUGCAACUGUCAAUAUCACAUCAGCUUUUGAGAUCUGUUAUUUAUACGUCGAGAGUGAAACCCACUAUUGCACUAGUCGACACAAUAUUUUAACACCACAGCUGAUAUCACACAGUUUAAUAAUGCUAACAAAUGAAAAACAAUGUUACUACUUUUGAGUGAAUAUUCUAUCAAAUACGUCAUUUUUGGCUCCAUGAAAUAUUACCAUAAGGGUGUUUUGGUUUUUUGAUAUUGUUGAGAAAGACAAAUGUUAAAGGAUCAAUACUGAGGUUAAAAUAAAAAAGAAAGUCAAUAUGAGCACAGAGAUCUGAUAUGAAUAUCGAAGUUUUAUCAUAUAGCACAUGAGGAAGUUAAUAAGCCUGUAUAACCUCAGUCAACUUUGGAAACCAAAGUCAGUGCCAAUAGUUCAUCAUGUGGAGAAAAGGUGGAGGAAGGUUUUGACUCCCUCUACCUUAUAUUCUAUGACCCCUUUCUUCUCCCUCUUCAGGCAUGCCCAGCGUCCUCGACUGGACAGAUGACGGCUUUAGCAUGUGUUUUGGUGUCAACCACUUGGGCCACUUCCUCCUGACCAACCUGCUUCUGCCUCGCCUGAAGGAAUGCGCCCCCAGUCGGGUGGUUACCCUCACAUGCUCUACCUACAAAUACCAAAAACUGGAUUUCCAGGAUCUCAACUACAACCUGCUGCCCUUCUUCACCUUCUGCCGCAGCAAGCUGGCAAACAUCUACUUCAGUCAGGAGCUGGCUCGCAUCACUGACGGGAAGGGAGUCACCUCAUGUGCUGUGCACCCAGGUAGGACUAUUUUUUUAAUGAGAACAAUCAUAAAGGUGAAUUAACACAUACUGAAACUCAUAUUAUGUGUUGCUAAUGACAUUUAGUACAGUCAGUUUGGAGCAGCUGGCCAGAGUAUUGACUGGAACCAUAUACCACUUUGGACAGCAUUUAAUGUAAAAUGUACUUACAGCUGCUGAAAAGAAAAGAAGUGUAUACUUGUCAAACCAGAACCAACCCUAAAACAUACAUGUAUAUCCUGACACUGUUUAUCCUGAUACCACGUUUCAUCAGGUUUUGUCCAAAGCGGCUGGACGUGUCACUACUCCAUCCUGUUUCGGAUGCUGAUGCAGGUGAUCAUGUGGAUGUUCUUCGUGCCAUGUGAGAUCGGAGCUCAGACCGUCAUCUACUGUGCCGUGUCAGACGAAGCUGCCAAACACAGUGGGGGCUACUUCACCGACUGCCGACCCGCCACUCUGCGGCCUUUUGCAAGAGACGCAGGUGUGGCAAAGAAACUCUGGGAGGCCAGUGAGAGACUGGUUAAACUGGCCUGA